AUGGCAGCCGUUGUCAACGCUGAGGAGACUGCGACCGUGGAUUUGGGCGCCCUGCUGGACGCCAGAGAUGGUGCCGUGGUGACUCUGCUGGCCGGGGACACGCGGCUGGUGGCGCACAGGUCCGUCCUUGCAGCCAGGAGCCCUGUGUUCGCCGCCAUGUUCCGCCAACACGCGCUCGAGUCCAGCAGCGACCAGAUCGAAAUCCCAGACGUGGAGGGCCCGGCGCUGCGCCAGCUGGUGGCCUACCUCUACACCCUGCAGGCCCCCCAGCUGCCCAGCAAGGCCGUCCAGCUGCUGGCUGCCGCUGACCGAUACGGACUGUCGGUCCUGAAGGCAGAGUGCGAGCGGCAGGUGGCCUCACAGCUGUCUGUGCAGACUGCAGCUGCCAUAGCUGUGCUCGCAAUUAGGAACUCCUACACGAGCCUCAGGCAGGCCGCCGUCGCCUUCAUCAAGGCUAACAUUCCCCAAGUGUUGGGCACACAGAGCUGGGCGGAUGCGAUGCGUAGCCAGCCUGAAGCUUUGAUCAAAGUGAGUCAGUUGCUGUCUAAUCCACCAGCAGAAACGAAGUAA